CACCAGAGCAUCACCUCUAAGGCUUCAACAUGAAAGUCGUGGCUCUUGCGCUGACUCUCCUCUUGGCUUUGGGCUGCCAUGCCCGCACCCUACAGGCCGAAGCUCUCGACCAGGUGGAGCACUUCAAGUCUGCUGCCGCGGUCUACCUGUCCCAGGUGAAAGACCAGGCCUACAAGGCCCUAGAGAACCUGGACGGAGGUGACUACGAGCAGUACAAGCUGAAGCUGACCGAGAGCCUUGACAACCUGCAGAAGUACGCCGAGUCCACCUCCACCUCCCUGAAACCCUAUGCCACCCAGGUGGUUGAGGGAACCCAGACCGUGCGUGAGUACAUCCUGAAAGAAAUGGACGACCUACAUGCUAAAGUGGAGCCACACCGUGCUGAGCUGCGACAAGCCAUCGAGAAGCACCUGGAGGAAUACGGCGAGCGUCUCAUCCCCAUCUUCCGUGACUACAUGGCUGAUAACCAGAAGGAGCUUGAAUCUCUUCGCCAGAAGCUUCAGCCUGCUCUCGAGGACCUCAAGGCCAAGGUGGAGACCAACUUUGAGGAGACCAAGACCAAGCUGGCCCCCAUUGUCGAGGCUGUGAGUGGAAGGCUCAACGAGAGGCUGCAGAACCUGAAGGAUCUGGCAAAUCCUGUGGCUGAGGAGUACAAAGAGCACGUGCUGAAGGCUGUCGAGGACGUCAAGGAGAAGCUGGUACCCCACACCGCCCAGCUCCAAGGCCAAAUCGAGCCCUACGUGGAGACCCUGAGGGCCAAGUUCAUGUCCAUCUAUGAGACCGUCUCCCAGGCCAUUCAAGCCUAAACAUAGCUCCUUCCAGGACUCGCAUUCUCACAAUCACGCACGUUCAUGUAUUCACCUAUAAGAAUGUCUGUUGGCUCUAACGUUCUCGUAAUGCGAUGAUGCAAAAUAAAUAAACAUAUCAGUGGAUUGC